AUGAACAACUCAAUGGAAAUAGAGUUUAUUUUGCUUGGAUUGACAGAUGAUCCUCUGUUGCAAACUGUGAUUUUCCUGUUUCUAUUUUUCAACUACAUCUUGAGCCUGAUGGGGAACUUAAUUAUCAUCCUCCUCACCUUGCUGGAUCCCCGUCUCAAGACUCCAAUGUAUUUCUUCCUUCGAAAUUUCUCCUUCUUAGAAGUUUCUUUCACAACUGCCUGCAUUCCACGAUUCUUGAUAAGCAUUCUGAAUGGAGACAAAACAAUUUCCUACAAUGGUUGUGCAACUCAGUUAUUCUUUUUUCUUUUAUUAGGAGUUACAGAAUUUUACCUUCUGGCUGCCAUGUCCUAUGACCGCUAUGUUGCCAUCUGCAAACCGCUGCAUUACCCGAUCAUUAUGAACAGCAGAGUCUGCUCUCAGCUUGUACUCAGCUCUUGGUUAGCUGGAUUCCUAAUUAUCUUUCCCCCAUUGGCCUUGGGACUCAAGCUGGAAUUCUGUGCUUCCAAAACUAUUGAUCACUUCCUCUGUGACUCUUCUCCUAUCCUGCAGAUCUCUUGCACAGAUACACAGUUCAUAGAAUUGAUGGCGUUUGUGUUAGCUGUGGUGACACUUGUAGUCACUUUGUUGUUAGUGGUCCUCUCCUACACGUACAUCAUCAAAACUAUUCUAAAAUUCCCUUCUGUUCAGCAACGAACAAAGGCCUUUUCCACAUGUUCUUCUCACAUGGUUGUUGUCUCUAUUACUUAUGGGAGUUGCAUCUUUAUGUAUAUGAAACCAUCAGCAAAGGAAAGGGUGACUUUAACUAAAGGUGUCGCUGUGCUCAAUACCUCAGUUGCACCUUUACUAAACCCCUUCAUUUACACCCUAAGAAACCAGCAGGUGAAAGAAGCUCUCAAGGAUUUGCUUCAUAGGUUUUGUUAUUUUGAAAACAAUGAGACAAAAUUGGGAUGUAAGUAA